CUCCCGAGGCAUGCUUCACGGAUGGCCGACAGUGUUGUGGUCCCUUUGUGAGUCUCUCCACAGUGCUCUCCCCUGGCGGAGGUUCGUUGCAGCUGUGGCUUCUCAAUAGGGCUUAUUGUAGACGCGCGGAGUGUGAGCGAGCAGCGCAGUGAUUGAGCGGAACGGAGGGAAAGACGCCUGUAGUGCAGGGAUGCUCCUGUUUCCUUCACUCACUCGGGGAGAGCGCGUCAAGAGCGGCUGCGACGUGACGGAAUCCUUCUGCAUUUUCACAAGAACGUUCACAAUUUAUAAACACGCGAAGGACCAGGAGGAAAAGGUUUGAGAGCUUCAGCUACAAUCAUCGUUCAUUCCUGUGGUCUUUCCCAUCAAUCACCGGUCAGACGGUCUGCUCUAUCCCGCUAUCCACGCCAGUGCUGAGGGUGGUGCACAAUUUCCCAGGAGCCACCUUAUAGCCUCAAGAUCUUUGGUGCCUGUUCAAUACGGAGGAGUGUAUUUUUUAUUUCCUUCUUUUUUUUUUUACGUUCAUCCUUUAAUCCAAAUGAUGCACAUAGGCUCUGCAGUGUGGACUGGACUGACUGUAAUGACUAUGUUGCUGUUAGCCCAGUGGGACGUGGGCUGCUGGGGGAUGACUCUGAACUCUAUCCCGCUCCGCCCGGCUUCCCUCAGGCCCUUCAGAGCUAGUGUGGGUGCAUCCCUUCAAAGACACAAGCGCAACUGGGUGUGGAACCAAUUCUUCGUCCUGGAGGAGUACACGGGAGAUGACCCUCUUUAUGUUGGCAAGCUUCAUUCCGAUGUGGACAAAGGUGAGGGCAAUGUAAAAUACGUGCUCAAUGGCGAAGGUGCAACAUCUAUUUUCACCAUCGAUGAAAACACAGGCGACAUACAUGCCACGAAGCGCCUGGACCGGGAGGAACAGGCCUACUACACACUACGAGCUCAGGCCAGAGACCGGGCCACCAACCUGCCAGUAGAACCAGAGUCAGAAUUCGUUAUCAAAGUGCAGGAUAUCAAUGACAAUGAGCCCAAGUUCCUGGAUGGCCCUUACAAUGCUCAAGUGCCUGAAAUGUCUCCUGUUGGCACAUCUGUAGUUGAGGUUAAGGCGACUGAUGCAGAUGACCCCACAUAUGGAAACAGUGCCAGAGUCGUGUACAGCAUCCUUGAAGGACAACCCUACUUCUCAGUGGACCCAAAGACAGGCAUUGUGAGGACGGCUCUGCCCAACAUGGAUCGAGAAGCACGGGAUCAAUAUCUGCUGGUGAUCCAGGCCAAAGACAUGGUUGGUCAGAUGGGAGGACUCUCGGGCACAACGUCAGUGACGGUCACGCUGACGGAUGUUAACGACAACCCGCCCCGUUUUUCACGGAAAUCCUAUCAGUUUGCUGUGCCUGAAUCCCUGCCUGUGGCAUUGGUGGUGACCAAGAUAAAAGCCUUGGAUUCUGACAUCGGACCAAAUGCUGAGAUGGACUACAGAAUUAUAGAGGGCGACGGCCUUGGGGUGUUCAGGGUCACGUCAGACAAAGAUACCCAGGAAGGAGUCAUAACUCUACAGAAGAAUCUUGACUUUGAAACAAAGUCAAGCUACACUCUGAAAAUUGAGGCAUCCAACAGGAACAUAGACCCACGGUUCUUGUCUCAAGGACCGUUCAGUGAUACAGCGAUGGUAAGGCUGACUGUAGAGAAUGUAGAUGAGCCUCCUAUCUUCUCCUCUCUGGUCCGCAAAAUGGUCAUCUCUGAAGCUGCUAAAGUGGGAACCAUCAUAGGAACCGUCUCUGCUCUGGACCCAGACUCCACCAAUAGCCCCAUUAGGUAUUCAAUAGACAGAAACACAGAUUUGGAGCGAUUUUUCAACAUCGAGGCAACAACAGGAGUCAUCAGCACGGCUAAGCCUUUAGACAGAGAAGCCAAUGCUGUACACAACAUCACCAUCCUGGCUAUUGAAAGCUUGGAUCCGUCACAGGUUGGGAAAGGAGUAGCUCUGAUCACAGUGAUGGACAUUAAUGACAAUGCGCCAGUCUUUGCCAUAGAGUAUGAGACCUUCCUGUGUGAAAGCAUUGGACCAGGACAGGUCAUUGAAACCAUAAGUGCAGUGGAUAAAGAUGAACCACCCAGCGGGCAUCGCUUCGUCUUCUCCCUCACUGCAGAGACAGCUGGGAACAUGAACUUCACCCUCCGAGACAAUAAAGACAAUACCGCUUCUAUUCUAACUAAGAGGGGUGGUUUUCAGAGGAGGGAACAGUCUAUGUAUCGACUGCCGGUGUUGAUAAUGGACAGCGGGACCCCUGCUCUCAGCAGCACUAACACGCUGUCUGUUAGAGUGUGUGACUGUGACCCUGAUGGGACGCCCCAGUCAUGUGGCACAGAGGCCUUCACGCUGUCAGCUGGACUCAGCACUGGAGCUCUCGUCGCCAUCCUGGCCUGCAUCAUCACUUUACUUGUGCUGGUGCUGCUGAUUGUGACAAUGAGGAGGAGGAAGAAGGAGCCUCUGAUCUUGGACGAAGACCGGGACGUGCGGGAAAACAUUGUGCGCUACGACGACGAAGGUGGAGGCGAGGAAGACACAGAGGCCUUUGACAUGGUGGCCUUGCGAAACCUCAAUGUAGUGAGAGACAGCAAAGCCCGCCGAGACGUCACCCCGGAGGUGCCCACCCUUUAUUGCUCCCGCCCUCCACCUUACAAAAUCACCCCAGACAACGGGAUCUUCCGGGAGUUUAUAUGGGACCGCCUGAAGGAUGCCGACGUCGAUCCUUCCGCACCUCCCUACGACUCCCUGCAGACAUACGCUUUCGAGGGCAGCGGCUCGGUGGCCGAAUCCCUCAGCUCCCUAGACUCCCUGAGCUCAGACUCAGAGCAGAACUAUGAUUAUCUGAGCGACUGGGGACCUCGCUUCAGGAAGCUAGCCGACCUGUACGGCCACGGCGACAGCAGCAAUAUAUUCUCCUCCUAGCCGGGAUUAAAAUUCCUGCCAAGGUCUGCUCAAUCAAGGGCAUAAUGGAAAUGAACAAUGAUCAAGAGAAUACCACUGACUCAUUGAUGCUUGACAGAAGAGGGGAGCAAAAAAGGGGAACAUUCAGUACGGAGGGGGAGUUAUAUCUGCAGAGAGCAGCAGUUUUGAUAGCCAACUGACGGUGGGGAUUCGAGUCGGAAGCACUUCUAUUUAAAUUGCAGUUAGAUGUCAAGACUGGACUUGGGGUGUGGUUGCAAGCUCCCAAAGAG